AUGGUCUGUCGUCCAGUGUUCCCUUGUCGUCGGCGAUUUUGCCCCCGGCCCUUCUUGGUGGGCUUGGUGGUGGCAAUCUGUCUCUUCUACCAGACCCUGACACUCCGAGGGACGAGGAAGCUCACAGCCGCUGACCCUGGGGCUGCCCCAAACGCACCCACCAAAACCCAAGCAAGCAGAUGUAAGAAAGGACUCUCCCUGGGCAAACAGUGCUUCCUUCUCCCCAGUAAUGCGCAGGAAAUCAGAAAGAUUGAGAAAUCGAUAAAGAUACACUUUGGGAGCCAUGACAGAAGGGCCGUCCUCUACAGGCCUCCUUCCUACAGCAAAAUGGAGUUUCAGCUCCAUCAGCACGUCCUCACUCAGCAUCGCUACUCGGUCGUCAUCGCUGAAGAAAGGCUUGGUGCUGGUCUUGGGCCGGGGCUGCUAGAAAAAGGUGAUUUGGGCUCUUGGGAUCUGCUCAUUUGCCUGUCUUCUAGGAAAGCUGGUGGAAAACCUUGCAUAUCCAAGGAAGACAUGUGCCAGUUAGGUUUACAUCAAAAGGUAAACAUAUUACCAGAAAUACAGCAUCAGCUUUGCAGUAAAGAAGGAUUAUGUCAAAUAAUUAGAAGAUUUCCAGAAUUGCGACUUGUGGUGAGCCCCUCUGUGUGUCUGGAUCAGAGCAUACAGUUAAAGCAGAGUACUCUGAGUGACCUUUUAAAAACAGUGAAGCCACAUAUGUGGAAACCAUGGGACUGGCAACGUGAACAGCUGAAUCAAACAACAGUCCUUGCUCCACAUGAAACAAUCUUUAGAGCUGAAGAACUGUCUGUGAUUCUUAAAGCAUAUGUGUUGGUGACAUCUUUAAGCCCUUUGCGUGCAUUCAUUCAUUCAACUGGCGCGGUUUGGAAUCCACCGAAGAAAAAACGCUUCACUGUCAAGUUGCAAACAUUUUUUGAGACAUUCCUGACAGCCAGUUCACCUCUUCAGGCUUUUGAUAAUAUGAAGGAAGCAAUUAGCAAACUCCUCCUAGCAGCUGAAGUAUUCAGUGAAACAUCUACUCUGGGACCAAAGACCUUCAAUAGAUGCAGAUUAUGUUUUCAACUUUUAACUUUUGAUAUUGGUUACUACAAUUUCAGGUACCCUGUUGUGCUCCAGGUGCAUGAGCAUUUAAAUUUUCAAGAUAGUGAUAAUACGGAUUUUGAGGACCAAAACACAGAAGAAUUCCUUUUACAAGAUACUUUCAAUUUUCUCUUCUCUAAUGAAUCUUCACUUCCCAUGUUUUCUGAGAUAUUUCAGGGACUUUAUGUAUCAGGUGUUUUUAAGGGCGAAAACUAUCAAAAGGAACCAAAUCAAUGCCUGUCUUUAGAGGAGAUGCACUCAAUUAUGACUUUCAUAAAGGAACUUGGGAGUUUGGGGCCAUUCCAACUGCUCUUCCCAUCUACUGCUCCUGGGAUUCAGUCUUUGAUGCGUGAAUUUUAUGAUAUGGCAAAUCCUAUAGGACAACCUAGUUCAGUCCUGACUCAGUACUGGUCUCUUUUAAAUGUAUUUGAACAAUUUCGGCUCCUGAAUAAAAACGCACAGCUACACCCACUGGAAUGGGCUUCUUUCACAGAGGAUGAGAACAUUGAAAAACCGCAAGUGCCAUUUGAUGCAAUUGAAAAUAAAAAAGCUUCUGUUCCACGAAUUAUGAGUGAAACCAAAGAAGUUCAUUGUAGUAAUGAUGACACACAAUGUUAUAUCAAACAGAUCCUCACACAUCCACAUUUGGAACUGAAUCCUGAAUUUAACCCGAAGAUCACAGAUUAUUACUCUGAAGUUCCAUUUGACGUGGUAACAGUGACAAUUGGAGCAGAGACUUCUAAUUGUCAGUGCAAGGUGUACCUGCACGAUCGGGCAGGAACAAGCUUUGCCAACUACCCUCUGGGCUUGGGAAUGAACAAAAUCUCAAUGUUUGUGGCAGAUGAGUCUCCAGCACAGGGUGAGACCCUGAUCACGUACAAGCUCACCAUCUACAGAGAAGAUCGUCCAAGUCUGCCCUUGUUUGAGGACUUCUCAGCAUGCGGGUUUGUGCAGGAUUGUGGUUUGCUGAUUCACCCAGAAGAAGCCUGUGGAUUACAGCCUAUUUCCUCUGACUACAUUGAAGCCAUUUCACAGCCUGAACUAAAGAUCUGUCCAUCUGGGGACACAAAAGGCCAAUGGAUCGUGCCUUGCCUUAGCUGUUCAGACAACAGGACCUGUGACUGGAGAGAGAUAACGUGGCAGCCUCAGAACUGCCAGUACAGCGUUCUAACUAAGCCUCAACUCCAGCGGUGCCUGGGGGGAAGGAAGAUUCUUUUCAUUGGAGAUUCAACCAAUAGAGGAAUAAUGUACUAUCUGAUCGAAAGACUAAAUGAAACCUUGCAAGAAUGGCAGAAGGUCCACGGCACAAAAUUCUACCACAAUGUCAAUGGUGGGAAGACUUUGGUCAGUUAUUCCUACUAUCCCCAGUUCUGGAUAAGCCCUUCAUUGAGACCAACAUUUGAAAAAGCACUUGAACAUCUCUUGCAAAGAUCACGUCCCCUGGAGAAUACAGGCCAGACCGUAUUGGUCGUUGGUGGUGUUCAGUGGCUUAAUUCCCAUCACCUACAAAUUAUUCACAAGGUUUUGAAGAGGGAAAAUUUACUCAAUAUCCUUGUGAUCAUCAAAACUUUGGGAAUUGGAUUUCAUCUCCCAGUGGAUGGACUGCAUUUCUUGACACAGAGUGAAGUUCAGAACUUAUGGAAAGAAAAUUUGAUUAUUCUGGAUGCUGCAAAGACAUAUGGCUAUGAAGUGGUUGACACAUUUACUAUAACGAUGGGGCGAUACAAAGAGUUUUUGCAGGGGACGUGUGGAUGUCAUUUCCAUGAGGUAGUGAAGUCAAAAUUAUCCAAAGAAUAUCACUUUAUCAGAAUGAAACAAUCAAGAAAUCAUAUUGUGGGAAGAUAUUUCAGCAAUCAAAGCAAACGACAACGAGACUCUGUAACAAAUUCUCAAUCACCAUAUCAUGUCAGAGGUCCAGUUAAUCAGGUUUGCUCUGAAAUCCUUCUCAGCAGGAUGUGUGCAAGUAAAAACACUGUGUAG